UGAGUAAACAUUUAGCAUAUAUUGAAUAUUUCAAAUAUUUUUACUAUAGCUAUUAAUAUCAGAGAAUAAUCUUAGAAUAUUAGCUAUAUUCUACAUGAAUGCAUUUCGUAAAACAAUGCUAUAAUUGAUGUACUUUAGGUGUUAUUAAAAAUACAAAAUAAUGGACCAGCCGCUUUCCUUAAAGUUGGCUUCGUUAAGUCAAAUUUCCCAACACAAAUUAGAAAAGAUUCUUGAUCAAUGUGGUGACAAGGCGGACUUAAUAAUUGACCCAUCUCUUAUAAAACCAUUGGAAAGAAUAUGUGGUGUUAGUUGGCUCAGGCAACAUGGAAUUGAAAAAAUAUACAAAAUGGAUCCUCAAUUGGGUACUACAGCCAACAUAAUUAGAGUUUAUUUAAUACCAGCUUCCAUAAAAAAGUACAAGUGUGUUUUAGAUCAGAUAUCAUCUGUUUUGAGCCAAAACCCAUCACUAGCAGAUGCCAAAUGUUUCAAUAUUAUAAUUGCACCAAAAGUUAUUUCCACAUUCGACUCAAUAUUAGAGAACAGAGGUCUCUAUGAUGUAGUAAAGUUGCAUUCAUUUUCAUGGGAAUUAAUGUACCUUGAUGAUCAGCUUCUAAGCUUAGAAUUGCCUUUUAUUUAUAAGCAAUUAUUUGUUGAACAGAACCAUUCUCUACUAUCAAGCAUUUCCAUGUCCUUGUGGAGUUUGUUUCAUGUCACUGGCCGACCUAAGUGUAUAUUAUCCUUAGGUAAAUUAUCAGCAAGUGUUUUAGAUAUACUGGAGGUAUAUAACGAGAGUUAUUCAAGAGAUUUCAUAAGUUCUGAGUCCUCACAAGAUAUUGGAGCCUUAAUUGUGAUGGAUAGGGAUCAAGACUAUGCUUCGAGCUUACUCACACCAGCUACAUAUAGUGGACUGUUGAGUGAGAUUUUUGAUAUUAGCUGUGGUCAUUUAGAAGUGAAUGGAAAUGAUACAAAGUUAAAGAGAGGAAAACUAAAUUUUACUACUACUGCAGGAAAUCCUGGAAAAAACACAGUCAUAACCUUAGAUAGUUCAUUAGAUAAUCUAUAUGGUGAAAUAAAGCACAGACAUUUCUCUGAAGUUUUAAGUGUGUUGAGCUCAAAAGCCAAGUUAUUAAAAAAUGAAGACAUUAAAGCAUUAGGCAUUAAGGAAAUGAAAGAAUUUGUUGCAACAAAAUUACAACAAGUAACACUUUUUAAACAGAAUCUAGUCAACCAUGUUUUAGUCAGUGAAACCAUUAUAUCAGAAAUGAAUAAUAAAUUCGAAAAUCUGACAUUUACCGAGAGUGAAAUGUUAAAUAACAGAAAUAAGAAGUCCAAUUUUACGUACAUUGAUGAGAAUUUUGGAACAGACAUUCACAUCUACAAUAGCUUGCGACUCAUGUGCUUACUCAGUUUGACCCAAGGAUUGUCUUAUGAAGAAUAUAAUACUCUUGUAAGCAAGUACUUGAUAGCAUUUGGUUACAGGUUUUUAUAUGUUUUUAAUAACUUGAUAACUGCUGGGUUGUUGGUACAGCCAUCCAGUCCGAAACUUUCUUUGUCUAAUUUAGGUAAUCUGAGUGAGAGACUACCGAGGUGGCAAAAUGAAUUUCAAACUGUAGCCAAUAAAUUAAAACAGUUACCAUCUAAAUCUGAUGAUGGAAAAUCACCAAGUUAUGUCUUUAAUGGUGGAUAUGUUCCAUUGGUAGCAGUUAUAUGCAAUGCCCUACUAACAUCAGAAGCUUUAGUAGACGUUUUGUCAAAGUUAUCAGCUCUUAGUGAUCUCAAAGUGGGCGGAACUGUAAUUGAAAAAUUGAAGGAUGGUAUGGAAACAUUGAAUGAAAAGUUGUCAAAUUUAAAUCUUCAAAAUGAUUUAGAAUUUGGAUGUAGAGAUGCUAAAUCAAUAUUAAAGACUUUGAAAGCUGAUAAGUUAGGUGGGUUUUCUCUAAAACCAAAAACAAUUUUGGUAUAUGUAAUUGGUGGGGUGACUUAUGCUGAAAUCGCUGCUUGUGAUGUUAUCCAGGCUAAUACAGGCAGUAGGAUUAUAAUAGCAAGUGAUUGCAUUGCAAGUGGUUGUGAUUUGAUGGCUGCCAACACUUAAUUAUUAAGACAGGUGUAAAGAAUCUCUAUAGCAUUUAACUUGCAGAGCAAGGAAAGUAUUAUACAAAUGAUAUUAGGUGUAUAAUACUUUUACAUUCUAAACCGAAAUUUACAAUUAUCUUGACAUUAUUUAAGAGUUAAAUAAUUCCAAAAUUAAUGUUAUAAAUUGGACAUGAGUCAGUUAUAUUGUUAAUAAAUAUUCCUACUUAAUUAUUUUAUUUAUGAUGCGUAGCCAUGCAACAAUAUGUAGUGAAU